UGUGGGAUACUGCUAAUCCAACAUGGCGAAUGGAGCUAACAUCUUAAUGAGUGGAACAAUUUAAUAGGCUUCUAAACCUCACUGAUGUCAUCUUCAAGGUGGAGAUCUGUAAGAGCUGCUAAACCAUGCAACAUGUCCAGUAAAGGCUGUAAAGUGCGUGAUGAUCAGGAUGAGGUGAACGAGGAGGUGCCACAGAACUACGUCACCCCAGUCCUAGUGCCAAGGCCCAUCAAGAAAACAGAGGCUCAAUGGCCAAACAGGACACCUCCAAUUUUGCCUGGGCCAAAAACAAGCGAGGAGUACAACUGGCAGGCAGGUCAAGCAUCAAUUCGGGAACGAAACUCUGUCAUGUUUAACAAUUCUCUGAUGGCGGAUGUCCACUUUUUGGUGGGCCCCCAUUCCAACGUCCAGAGAGUUCCGGCUCAUAAGUACGUCCUGUCCAUUGGCAGUUCUGUGUUUUAUGCCAUGUUCCACGGUGGAUUAGCCACCUCCAAAGAGGACAUCGAAAUUCCUGAUGUGGAGCCAGCCGCAUUCCUUAAUCUACUACGGUAUCUCUACUGUGAUGAGGUUCAGUUGGAAGCAGACACAGUCCUGGCAACGCUGUAUGCCGCAAAGAAAUACCUGGUGCCUUAUCUGGCAAAGUCCUGUGUGUGUUUCCUGGAGACCAGUCUUACGGCUAAAAAUGCCUGUGUCCUUCUCAGCCAAGCCAGGCUUUUUGAAGAGCAGGAGCUUGUGGAGCGAUGUUGGGAGGUAAUAGAUGCUCAAGCUGAAGAGAGCCUGAAGUCUGAGGGAUUUGCUGAAAUGGAUUACUCUACAUUAGAGAUGGUCUUAGGACGCGAGACCAUGAAUGCUCGCGAGUUGUCUGUGUUCAGAGCAGCCUGCAGAUGGGCAGAGGCAGAGUGUGUACGUCUGGAACUAGAAGCCACACCGAGCAACAAGAGAAGAGUUCUGAGCAAAGCACUGUACAUGAUUCGCAUCCCCAACAUGUCGCUGGACGAGUAUGCCAACGGCCCAGCUCAGUCCGGCAUUCUUACUCUUCAGGAAACAACAGAUAUCUUCCUGUACUACACAGCUCAGACCAAACCAAGCCUGAAAUUCAUCAGACGGAACCGAGCCGGGUUGAAACCGCAAGUGGUCCACAGGUUUCAGUCGUCGGCGUACAGGAGCAACCAGUGGCGAUACCGAGGACGCUGUGACAGUAUUCAGUUCUGUGUGGACAAGCGAAUCUUUGUUGCCGGCUUUGGCCUUUAUGGUUCCAGCAAUGGAGCUGCAGAAUACCAAGUUCGCAUAGAGCUCAAGCGUAAUGGCAUUAUUCUUGGCAAACACGUCACUAAAUUCUUUUCGGAUGGUUCCAGUAACACCUUCACAGUUUAUUUCGAAAACCCAAUCCAGGUUGAACCGGAUACCUAUUACACAGCUAGUGCGGUUUUAGACGGCUCUGAACUCAGCUACUUCGGUCAGGAGGGUCUGGCAGAAGUAAUUUGUGGUAAAGUUACUUUCCAAUUUCAGUGUUCAUCAGACAGUACAAAUGGGACUGGAGUUCAGGGUGGUCAAAUUCCAGAGCUAGUAUUUUACUGUUAAUUUCCUACACACGAUGUUAGAAAUAAGUCACAAAUUUAGGGGUGUUCCACAGUGUUAGCUAAUCCCGCCAGUGUUACAAUACUAAUAUAAGUUAUGUGCUAGUGAGGAUAUUUUUCUGUUUCAGAAAACAGUGCUCAUGUGUUAUGCAUGUGGUGAAGGUUGUCACAGUUCCCGAGUGAUGAUCAGUGAUUUUAUACUAUUAAAUUAAAGGAAGUGAAUGUUGAAGUAAAUGUCCCAGUUCUGGUAUAACACAGUAUAAUAAGGUCUUGUCUCCAUGAUGACUUGGCAAUUCCCGGAUCCUUACUAACUUUAGUUGCCUCUCUCAUGUGUUCGCAAUUUCAACUCUGAACCUCAAUGAGUAGUCAACAAGUUGAGGAAAGGACUAAUUUCGCCUGGCGGAAGGGAAUGAACGAAAUCAAAACAUAAAAUUUGAGCAUCAUGUUACAAUACUGGAGUUGAGAAAUUUAUGGGAAAUCUUUGUUACACAUUUAUUUCGAAUCUGCCGCUUGCUUUGGGAGUCCAAGAUGCCUAUGUCAUAAUCUGAGGACUUGGAAAAAUGAAACUCUAAAACGGAUUUCAGGAUUUUGUAUCAAGAGCUUUGAAAACUGAAAUCAACCAAUUUUUAUGGAAAAGCAGAUGUAUCUACUAGCUCAGUGAGUUUUAAUACCGACAUACUUCUUUAGGACUCCAGUUCUCAUGUUUGAAUAAGGUUGUGCAUAGAAAGUCUGUUGAUAAACGCGAUACACUAUAAAAUGACUUGUUCACACUUGCAAAGCCAUUAAUAUUCAGCUUUUGACCAUACCCUGUGUAGUAUGAGUGACAAUGAUCCGUGUGGUUUAUUGUACCUUUUAUAGCCACUGCAUACAUCGUUAUCACAUGGUAGGUUAAAUAUUCACUUCAUGUCGACUCAGUGUAACAUACAGCUGCAUGUAUGUGACAAGCAAAGACCAAAAAUUAAUAUUUUCCCUGCAAUGAGUAUACUGAUUAUAGAUCUGAGAGCAAUACUUCAUAAUGGAUAAUAUGUGAUCAUAUAAAUUCAAUCGUGUCCCUGUAUUUAACUAUGAUGUCCUGUAGUGGUAGAUCUUGAUGCUGGCAGACAUCUGACCAAACUCUGUGUUCUCUAUGAUGAUAAUAAAAGUAGUUUUUAAUUUAA